CAUGCAAUAAGUAAGUUCUCUCUCUCCUAUUUAUUGGAGGGUGAGCGGCCAUUAACAUUACACUCCCGCCCUUGAUGACCUAUAUCAUACUAUUCACACACCCCAACUAGGAACCUCUAAUUUCUUCCUUCUUUCAACAACAAUAUGGCCAAACGAAAAUUAGCUUUACUUUUGCUUUUAGCAACAAUUGUAUGUGUGAGUGCUGCAAAUUUAAACAAACAUCAGGAGGAAGAAGACGCUGAUAGAAUAAUAUCGCUGCCUGGACAACCCAAGGUUUCGUUCCAUCAGUACUCAGGGUAUGUCACUGUCAAUCAAUUUGCUGGAAGAGCUCUAUUUUACUGGCUUACUGAAGCUAUUGAUGAACCACUUUCUAAGCCUUUGGUUAUUUGGCUCAAUGGAGGUCCCGGAUGCUCUUCAGUGGCCUAUGGUGCAUCUGAAGAAAUAGGGCCAUUCAGGAUAAACAAGACGGCUUCAGGGCUGUAUGUGAACAAGUUUUCAUGGAACAAAUUGGCAAAUUUACUAUUCCUUGAAACUCCAGCAGGAGUUGGAUUUUCCUACAGCAAUAGGUCCUCUGAUCUCCUUGACACCGGGGAUUUUCGCACUGCUAAGGACUCACUACAGUUCCUUAUCCACUGGAUGAAUCGGUUCCCACGCUACAGAAAUCGUGAAGUCUACAUCACCGGAGAGAGCUAUGCUGGUCAUUAUGUCCCUCAGCUAGCCAGAGAAAUAGUUCAUUACAAUGCCAAUUCUAAGAACCCAAUCAACCUUAAAGGAUUCAUGGUGGGAAAUGCUGUGACAGAUAAUUACUAUGACAACUUAGGAACUGUGACAUAUUGGUGGAGCCAUGCUAUGAUCUCUGAUAAGACAUACAAGCAAUUGGUGAACACUUGUGAUUUCAAACGCCAUAAAGAAUCAAACGAGUGUGAAUCAUUGUACUAUUAUGCGAUGGAUCAAGAAUUUGGGAACAUCGAUCAGUACAAUAUUUAUGCUCCUCCCUGUAACAAUUCUGAUGGUAGCAGUUCAACUAGGCAGACCAUGAAUUUACCCCACCGACCUUACAAGAUGUUCAAGCAGCUAUCAGGUUAUGAUCCUUGCACGGAGAAGUAUGCAGAAAUUUACUACAACAGGCCUGAUGUGCAGAAGGCUAUGCACGCGAAUACAACAGGAAUUCCUUAUAAAUGGACAGCCUGCAGUGAGACAUUGAAUCGAAACUGGAACGAUACAGAUGACUCGAUUCUCCCAAUCUACCGGGAACUAAUUGCUGCUGGAUUGAGAAUAUGGGUUUUCAGUGGUGAUGUAGACUCAGUUGUACCCGUUACCGCGACAAGGUAUUCACUAGCACAGCUCAAGUUAUCCACCACAACUCCAUGGUACCCUUGGUAUGUCAAAAAACAGGUGGGAGGCUGGACAGAGGUAUACAAAGGUCUAACAUUUGCAACAGUAAGAGGGGCAGGUCAUGAAGUGCCAUUAUUCAAGCCAAGGGCAGCUUAUCAACUAUUUAGAUCAUUUUUAAAAGGAGAGCCACUUCCCAAGUCAUGAUAGUUGUGACAUUAUAAUUAUUACUAUCUAUGGUUCAAAAAUGUCAAUUGUUUCCACUCUUGGCUAAGAAUUAAAGAGGUGGUUGAAAGAAGAAUUGUUUCAACUUUUAAAAGAGAAUUGAUGGGAAAAAAGGAGAUUACAAUAGGACUUUGGGUUGGAAAAAAAAAAGGUAUCAAUUUGUUGUAACAAUAUUAGGUAGCUGUGGUUUGAAUUCUACUCCACGUGUUUUAGGAAAAUGAAUUUUCUUUAUGUUUCGUAUUUCAAUAAAAAGGGGUUGAAUUCU